AUGGGAUCAGAGAAGGACUCGGAGUCGCCUCACUCAUCGGUCAGUGGCGUCCCCAACCCUAAGUGCCGAGCGGCGGGCAAACGCCAGAGCCGCAUCUCCUUCCACAGCCUCUUCCACAGCAAACGGGGCUCUCAGGGUACCAGGGCCCCCAAAGGAGGAGCGGCCCCCCCUGUCACGCAUCACCACAUCCCUUCUGCCUUGAGCCCGGUGCCCACCGCUACCCCCCAGGACUUGGCGGCGGCAGUGGCCUCCGCCCCCCCGCCCGGGCCCCUGUCCUCCAGCCAGCCGUCCCUGGGGGGGGCGGUGGUGGAGCCCGGGCUGCUGGAGUGCCCCCUGUGCCUGGUGCGCCAACCGCCCGAGCAGCUGCCCGAGCUGCUGGGCUGCAGCCACCGCUCCUGCCUCUGCUGCCUGCGCCAGUACCUGCGCAUCGAGAUCACCGAGAGCCGCGUCCAGCUCAGCUGCCCCGAGUGCGCCGAGCGGCUGGCGCCCCGGCAGGUGGCCGCCAUCCUGGACGACGCCGCCCUGCUGGACAAGUACGAGGAGUUCCUCCUGAGGAGGUGCCUGGCCUCCGACCCCGACUGCAGAUGGUGUCCGGCGCCGGACUGCGGCUCACCGGACGCCCUACGAGUGGACUCAAAGCUGGUGGGCGCCAUUAUCUCAUUAUCUCUGCCCCCCCCAGCAGCUGGAAUCCAGUUGCCAGGGCGACUAUCGAUGCGGCGUUGCCGGGGCAACGGGAGCAGGGGCUUCAGCAAGCCGAUCAAUAGCUGCUGCUGGCUGGCCCCGGCGUGCACGUUCGCCGUCAUCGCCUCGGGCUGUGCCAGCUGCCCCCGGCUGCUGUGCCGGCGGGACGGCUGCGGCGCCGAGUUCUGCUACCACUGCAAGCAGGCGUGGCACCCCAACCAGACCUGCGACUCUGCCCGCCAGCAGAGGGCGCCGCACAGCAGCCACUCGCCCAGCUACACCCAGGAGCAGGGCCCCGCCGAUGACAUCAAGCCCUGUCCUCGCUGUGGCGCCUACAUCAUCAAAAUGAACGAUGGCAGCUGUAAUCACAUGACCUGCGCCAAACCGUGGAGCAGGAAGAAGAAGAUCCUGUGGCAGCUGGGAACUCUGAUCGGAGCGCCGGUCGGCAUCACCCUCAUCGCAGGCAUCGCCGUUCCCGCCAUGGUCAUCGGCAUCCCCGUUUACAUCCACGCCCACUACGAGCUGAAGAAGGCGUCCCGCCACCGGAGGAACCUGGCCAUCACGGGGGGCGUGGCCCUGUCCAUCAUCACGGCGCCCGUCAUCGCCGCCGUCAGUGUGGGCCGCGGCGUGCGCAUCGACUUCGACGAGGACGACGGGCCAAUCACAGGUGAGGAGGCGGCAGCGGGAGGUGUGGCCCCUCUGGUCUGGUCUAGUCUGGUCUGGACCCCUCUGGUCUGGUCUAGUCUGGUCUGGUCCGGUCCGGGCCCCUCUGGUCUGGUCUGGUCUAGUCUGGUCUGGUCUGGUCUGGACCCCUCUGGUUUCUCCUCUGUCAUGUACACUUGA